UCACACAGUGCACCUUGACCCAUCGGAGGAGAUACAGUGACACAGCUGGGACAUUCAUUGCUGGGGCUGAAGCCAUCAAAGACAGGUUGAUGCGGUAAUGUGCAAGAAUCGAAAGGGUCUGCUUGUAGGAUGCCUGAUCUUAAUCUCUGUGAUAUCCGGGAUUGUAGCCCUCAUCCUCAGCAUUGUGGAAAUACGAAAUAUCUACCUACCAUCACCUGACAAGUACGGAAUAGUGUUUGACGCCGGCUCGUCCCACACCUCCCUUUAUGUUUACAAGUGGCCUGCGAAUAAAGAGAAUGACACGGGGAUUGUCAGCCAGAUCUACAUGUGCAGCGUACAAGGCCCAGGGAUUUCAUCCUAUGCUGGUAAUCCUGCCCAGGCCGGGGAAAGUUUAAAGCCGUGCAUGGAGGAAGCUUUGAGAGUCAUCCCGGCAUCGCAACAGAAGGAAACAACCACUUUAUUGGGUGCUACGGCCGGCAUGCGGCUUCUCAGUGUGACGAAUCCAAACCAAACACAGGAACUCUUUCGAGAAAUUUCGAAAACCCUUCGAGCGUACCCCGUGGACUUUCAGAGCGCUCGGAUCCUGACGGGCAGCGAGGAGGGCUCACUGGGAUGGAUCACAGUCAACUAUAUUGUGGGCACAAUCUUACGGUAUUCCUUUACGUCAACCUGGAUUCAUCCCGAUGGCCAGACAAUAGGAGCCAUGGAUCUCGGUGGGGCCUCUACGCAGAUGACCUUUGUUCCCUCUGUAGCUAUUGAAGACAAAGACGCAGAGAUGCAUUUCCGACUGUAUGGCUAUAACUAUACGAUCUACACCCAUAGUUACCUUUGUUACGGCCAAGACCAGUUCUUUAAGAGAGUACUUGCAGCGCUCGUAAAGGAUUCCCACACACUGGCUGUUGCACAUCCUUGCUAUCCCAAGGGUUACACUGCUACUGUAUCACCUGCCUCUCUGUACAACAGUCCGUGUGUACCACAAGCCGUUAUUCCGGAGCAGAACUUCACGGUGACUGGCGCAGGGAACCCUGAUCAGUGUCGCCAAACCGUCAUGGAAGUAAUGAACUUCACCAAUUGUCGUAUAGAGCCUUGCUCCUUCGCUGGGGUCUAUCAGCCACCUGUGCACGGACUGUUCUACGCAUUUUCUGCGUUUUAUUAUACGUUAAACUUCCUAAAUCUCACCGACGGACAGUCCCUGAGUGUCACCAAUCAGACUGUCCAGGAAUUCUGCACGCUUGAAUGGAAAAAGCUGGAACAAGACUUCCCUCUAGAAAAGAAGGAUCGUCUGUUACAUUAUUGCACCUCCGCCAUCUACAUCCUCACCUUGCUGCUCGAUGGAUACAAUUUUAGCGAACAAACCUGGGGCAACAUCCAUUUUACUCAACAGGUUGAUAAUACCGAUGUUGGCUGGACUCUUGGGUACAUGCUAAACCUGACCAACAGGAUCCCGUCUGAAGCUCCCUCACUGCUAAAGGGCCACAGUUACAACCUGUGGGUGUCUGAGCUUUUCUUUAUAGUACUGAGUAUCACCGCCGGACUAGUGGCCGCUUCUCUCCAGUGUUUUCGCCGGAACGUGUGUUCAGGGCAGGGGGGAUGGAGCUGAUAUCCGAGAAUAUAUCCCUUUAUUGGAGAAGGAAACGUAAAGAAAGGCUCCCAUCCAAAGGAACUAGUCAUCCAAGAGACAUAGAAACAUAGAAUGUGACGGCAGAUAAGAACCAUUCGGCCCAUCUAG